AUGUCCUCUCAGCAGGACAGCGGCGCUUCCAGAUACAUCGUAGACUCCCACAUCCACCUCUACGCAGCAUCGCACAUCCCGUCGCUGAACUGGACCGGCGACCUCGCAGCAGACCAUCCACUGAACCGACAGUACUCCCUCGACGAGUAUCGCGGCGCCACCCGGGACCGAUCCCAAGAGCUCCGCGGCUUCGUCUUCCUCGAGACAGACCGCAAAUCAGGGCUGCGAGAUACGCAAUGGCAGGACGCUCUCGAGGAAGUGGACUUUCUGUUCAGGAUCGCCCGAGGCAGCCCGCGAGAAGGCGAAGGCCACCGACCAGAAGACGGCGGGCUGGUCCUGGGGAUCGUGCCGUGGGCUCCAGUGCCAGCCGGUGCAACAGCGCUCGCGAAAUACGUUGGACAAGUCCAAGAGCGCGCGGGCGAGGAGUGGCCUCUCGUCAAGGGAUUUCGGUAUCUCGUCCAGGAUAAGCCCGCCGGGGUGAUGCUCCAGGAACAGUUCAUUGAAGGGCUGCAAUGGCUGGGCGGUCACGGUCUCACGUUCGACCUGGGCGUCGACGCCCGGUCCGGCGGGAUACACCAGCUCCAGGAAGCAUGCACGAUGAUGGAGCGAGUCUAUGCCGGCGGGAACGGCCUGAGAAUCAUCAUCAACCAUUUCUGCAAGCCGAACCUGCGGCUGUCUGCUCGCGAAGCCCUCGCGAACGGCGGCCACCCGGACUUUACGGAAUGGAAAGACUGCAUCGAGCAGAUGGGCCGACACGAGUCAACCUACAUGAAACUCUCGGGCUUUUUUUCAGAGCUGCCGGAGCAAGACGAAAGCAGUCCUCCAGAUGUCGCGGCUCUUGUCGAGCGCACGAAGCCCUGGGUCGACGUCGUCUUCAAAGCCUUCGGCCCUUCGAGGAUAAUGUUCGGCUCCGACUGGCCGGUGUGCAAUGUCGGCGGUCCCGGCGUGGUCAAAUCAUGGAGUCACUGGCACGAGCUGGUGGAAGCGAUACUCGCCUCGCAGGAGUUAACAGCCGACGAGCAAGCACAGAUCUGGUCUGGCACGGCAGUCAAAGCAUACGGUAUCAAUUUACCCGUUUCAUAAAGUCACCCUGAGCCCCUAUUUUUCACCCUCUGUAAGAAAUGCGUACAUGUGCGUCCACACAUAAACAACACCCAUAUAUCA